AUGCCUAAAAUCUCGUUCUCCACAAAAUUACCCCCCAGUCUUUUUCCACCAGUAAUCCGACCUCCCUUCAUCAUUCCAUACCUCCGCUCCGUGGCGACAGCUCAUUAUUAUAACUGCCAAUGGCCCCUUUCCUCCCCCGAAACUCCUGAAACCCCCUCAACCACAACCAACAAAUCCCGCGGCCAAAAUGCCGUAGCAGCUGAAGGGACUCCCACCGCAACACCCAUCAUCCCUGACAAGCUGGCCGACGGCGAUGCCCUUGGGCGGACAGGAGGGGGUAAGCCGCUAUCAAGUUCCGUGCACCCGCCUGCUAAGCCCAAGAUCAGCAAUGCCAGUGUCCCUGGACACAAGCCUCACUUGACAAAAGAACAGCAGGCCGAAGUGGACGAGCACAAUCGGGAGUUUGAGAGGACGCAUGGCAAGGUUGGAAAUGAGCCUGAGCGCGAUGAUAGGGUGGAUAAGUCCUUUUGGAGUGGGAGAGGAGCAAGGUCGGGGACUACGAAAAUCUAG